AUGGCUAAUGCUGCUAUUGAUAUUGAAUUUUCAGGAGAAGAACCUCCGGAAUCAUUGUUUAUGAAGAAAUUGAAGAGGAGGGGCAUGACUCCUACAUCAUUGCUUGAGGAUUACAAGCAGGGCAACUCUGGAGUUGACGAAGAGGUGGUUGUGAAUGAACAAGAUAGAGGUCUCUCGAGGAGAAAUGUUGUCUCAACCGAUGUAGAGAGAAGUCUGAAAAAUCCUCAUAACCGUCGCAUUCUUUUUAGCUCUUUACUUGUGUGUACUAUGUUGCAGUAUUUUGGACCAACUUUUGUCCAUGAUGCAAGCAAGAUGUCACUGUCACCUCCCCAGUAUGUGGAUCCUUAUGCACUCUUAGAAGAUGCAAGCAAGAUUUCUUUGUAA